AUGGGUGGAAUGCCCUUCCCGUGGGCGCUCCCGACCAGCGGGUCCCCUCCAAGCUCGCCGCCGUCGUCGCCCGUCUCCAGCACCAGCGUGUGGCACCGGCCUCAGCCAGCUCGGGCAGCGUCCUUCACCAUCGACGCCAUCCUCGGCCGCCGCCAGCAGGAGGUCGAGAACGCCGGAAGGUCGCUGUCCCUGCGGCGGGAGGAGCGCCACCCGCGCCCGUCUCCCUACCCCGCCGUCAGCAGCGAGCAGGGCGGCGCCAACAGUGCCAGCGCCGCCAGCACCGCCGGGUCCUCGGCCAAGGCGAAGGUGAAGCGCGUGAGGACGAUCUUCACGGCCGAGCAGCUGGAGCGGCUGGAGGCGGAGUUCGCCCGCCAGCAGUACAUGGUGGGGCCCGAGAGGCUGUACCUCGCAGCGGCGCUCAACCUGACCGAGGCGCAGGUGAAGGUGUGGUUCCAGAACCGUCGCAUCAAGUGGCGCAAGCAGUACAUGGAGCAGCAGCACGCCAAGCUGGCCGGGAACCAGGACGCCGCGCGGCACUCCGACGACGGCGCUGAAGCCGCCUCGUCCUUGGACGGACGCACGUCCCCUCUCGUGGAGAUCCCCGCGUCCCCCGCGACGCCCAACAGCAGCGGCGAACUUCAGGACGACCAGCAGGAGCCUCAGCAGGAGCACCAGCCCAGCGCCCGCCCGCCCCACAGCGCGCCCGCCUACCCUUCCUACCUGGCGGCAACGUUGACGGCGGCGGCGUACGCGGAGCAGCAGCAAAGCGAGCCGGCGGACCUGACCACGGGCGCCGCCAGAGCCAAGUGA